GUCUUGCUCAUGGUCUCCUUCAGAUGCUGAUUGGUGCAUAUCUGCCAGUCGCUUGUUUGUCUGGUGUCAGAUGUCUGGCCUAUUUGCUUCAGGCCCUAAUUCCACACUAUCUGAAUUCGGGACUAAAUUUCCUAUCGUUUUCUGGUCUGAGGGACAUCGGUUUGUUGCCCGUUUAACUGACAAUCCAUAUAAUCUUGGUGAUUUAGCAGUUUUUGUGCCAGCUGAUCUACUCGAGCGGCGCAAUCCUUCUUUAGGUUCACCUGAACGUUUGGAGGCAGAUCUGUUCAAAAACUGCUUUUCUGCCCUAACUACAUCAUCAGAAUCCAGUGUUCGCUUCCGUGUUGGCCUUGUGGAUGCUGGAUACUUCGUUGAAGAACUGGACUCUCUCCAUCCGGCAGAUGUGAUGCGCUGGCUCUCGUUUUUCACGGAUGCCGGUAUUUUCCUUUUAGCCCUUGUUUUCAUGCCGUUAAAUUUUUCUUGUUUACUUUUUUGCGGCUCUAGCUUAAUACGCCUCACGUUUGCUGAGUCAGUCAUUUUUAAUAUUAUUUUGUCAGCCUAA